GAAGGGGUGUGUGUAGAAAGAUGAGAAUCUUUGUCGCGGUUUCCCCUAUAUAAGCGGCGUUUCCUCGGGAUUCGAGCAUAAUCAUCCCGCCGCUUUUACGUUGUGUGUUACGUACGUACUCGCUCCAAGCCCGAUAACCAUGUUCAAAACGCUGUUGUUCGCUGGAUUGUUGGCCGUUGCGUUGGCCGCGCCGGCUCCCGCUCCAGCUCCAGCUCCAGCUCCAGCUCCAGCCCCAGCCCCAGCACCUUCCAGCGCAGCUCUAAUCGGCGCUCCACUGGCUCCGUUGGCACCGGCUCUUCUCCCCAAUCCGAUCGGACCCCUUCUCUACUCGAACUACCCUGCGUCGAUUCCCUAUAUUAAUUACCCCUACAGUGCCCCUUACAUCUACAAAAGCUACAUCAUCUAACGUUGCGAUCGACGAGAAUACGCGGAUCGAUCGAUCGAAACGAAUCACAUCGAAGAACAAUCAGCCGAUCGUCGACUCAUACUCAUACCGAAAGAAAUUCAAUAACCCCAUCUUUAUAUCUUCAGCGAAACGCCGUCUGCGCUUCGACUCUCUAUCACCUUUAUUGACAAUGUUCUGUCACUUUUCAAUUCGGUGUCAAUAAAACCAUUUAAACGCAAA